CUUUACGGAAAGGGCCGAAGUCCUUGUAUCAGGGAAGUGAAUGAAAGCUAAAAUAAACACAACGAUAAAUCUGAAGGUUCUGCAUGGUUUAUUUGUCACAGAAGAAGAAUGAAAGUAGAAUGGAUGUCACUUGAUUUGCUGAAUUGUGAUUUGCCUGCCCCUGUUGUAAAAUUUCUUAAAAUGUGAUUAUAGAUACCCACCUGACAACUUGUCUUAUUGUGGUUGAGCAUGGAUCAAGAUGUUGGGUCCACAGACUCAAUUCGAAACUUGCCAGACGGCAGAAUGCAUAACAUUCGAAAAAUGUUUGAAACAGGAACAUCAGAUGAAACCUCAACUGACGUAGCACAGCCAGAUGGUGCUUCGCCCCAGCCAAAACCAUUACCUCGGAGUAAACCCAAAUUGUCCGACCUUCCUGCAAAACCUAAAAUAUAUUCCGUGCCUGUUCAUAAAUCUGCAUUAAGUGGUGAAAGUGAUAUAACGGAAAGUCUUAACCGAAUAUACGAAUCCCCCCAAAAAAUCCCUUUAAGUAGAACACCCCAUGUAAAUGGUACUGGCAAGCCAGUUGUGAAAAGACAAAGUUUUAAAACCGUUAAUUAUGUCGAACAGAGUGACAGUAAAUCUGACAUUACUUCUGAAUUGGAGGUUAAGUUACGUAGACAGCAAGGUGUUAAAAAAGCAGCCCGUAGUUGUCCAAAUAGGAAAUCUGAAACAGACAUGACAGUUCCACUCACCGGAAAACCUGUAGUCAGUCCAAAGCGCUUCUCUGGAAAUUUUGACAACAGUACUUCUAAAUUUUCACAGUCCGAUUUUGGAGUCAUUCCAGGUAGUCCAAAAUUACCACUUUCAGGUUCCCGUAAUGAUCAAGGCAACAAUGAAGAAGUCAGUUAUACCAAAAUUGAUAUUUCGGAAAAGGCAAAACUCUUUGAAGGAAAGAAGUCAGCCCCCGAAAGACCAGCAUUACCUAAAACGAGACCAGGUCAUGUCCGACAAAAAAGUGCUGGAAGUAUUCCAGAGUACGCUAAAGUCAAUAAGACUAAAAAUACAGUACCCAGUUCUUCUCAGACAUCAACUGAAAAGCAAGCAGAGAAUGAUGACACGGUACCAAUUGCUCCUUCUAAACCCCCACGAACUCAUGCACACGAUGACUAUUUGAGAACAAAACUGCAAAACAAUGAAAUGAUUAUAAUGGACAAUGUUCUGUAUCAAAGUUUAGAUGACGUGAAGCCAAGUGUCGAGGAACAUGUACAUGUACCAGUAGCUUCGGUUAGAGAUAGAAUCACUCAGUUUCAUCAGCGACCAUUGUCUCAGGAUGAUUCAUCAAAAAGAAAUGCACCCCCUUCUAGACCCCCGCCUCCUAGACUACGCCCAGUGACAAUGUGUGAGCCAAAAUCAUCGCCUGCUUCUAGUACUGUUGCAAAAGAAUGUUUAUUUUUCCCCAAACAACCUCCAGAAAUACCAGACUCAAAGCCACCUCUAGCGCCAUAUGAGUUGGCGCUUCCCUUUAAGAAAUAUGGAACUUUACCGCGUAAACCGAAACUUUAUAGACCAAAUUCUUCAGGAGAGAAUGAUGUUGAUUCCUUUGUUCAAGAAUCUCCCAAUAGAUUCCCUCUGGUAAAAAGUUUGAGUUCCGAAUGUUUAUAUAACGCACAGAAAGGCAGUGAACAUUUUUAUCAUGAUCCAUCAGAACUACGUCAAGAAGAAUCAUAUGAGGCUUAUGUUGACAGAGAGGGUUAUGCUGUACCUAAUAAGUUUGUCAAACGUAAACUUCAAGAUAAAUUCUCUUUAGAUCCAGAGCUAACACAUGAGAGACCAUUCAGUGAGGCUUUAAAAGCUAGAUUUGAUGAUCUGAAGAAGAAAAUUGUACCAGAUAUGAAACAUGGAAUGUCUAGCAGUUCUCAAACUUCAGAAGAUCCAUUGAAGGUCAACAAAAGAUGUAGAAAUCAGGUUCGUGAUAAGAUUAAUCAAGCAUUUUCUAUAUUACGACGCUAUGUCCAGGGAAAACAAGAUGACGGAAUGGAUCAAGCAGACACUUUGGACACAUUAUCAAAUGAUUCAGACAGUUUUGUUGACGUGGCUGAGAUUUUGAAAAGAAAGACCUACGCAUCAACCAUAAGAAAUAAAACUUAUCAAAGUAUAAAGAAGUCCAAAGAAUUUUUAACACGAAUAUAUCCACAGUUAUUUGAGUAUGCGGUUAUAGUUGGUUUACGUCCAGUUCCUGCUGGUCAGGGAUAUGAACCAUACAUCAUCCAUAAAUUUCCUGAAAUCAGGAAUUAUAAAGUUAGUACUGAAGGUCAUCUAUAUGUAUGUACUAAUAUGGUUGAUAGCAAUGUGUCCGUACCAUUGUUCUGUUUUCCUGAUGCUGCUGAUUUCAAACCAGAGAAGAAUAUGAAAAGUCAAUCAUAUUCGUUUGUGCUGACAAAUUUUGAUGGUGGUAGAGUAUUUGGUUAUUGUAAAAGAGUACAGGUACCAGAAAGUCGUCUUCCAGAAGUAUUAUGUAUAAUAAGUCCUGUUGAUGCCAGUAAUAUGUAUAAUACAUUAUUAAAUGAAAUCGAACUAAAAAGAGUAAAAACACUGGAAUUAGCACAAGAAUUACUGGCUGCUUCUUUUGGUCGACCAUUGCCUAAACCUGGUCAAGAUGUUCAAAUACGCUGUUUGGAUGAAAUAGGAGAAAUGGAAACAAUUCAUUUAAAUAGACCAUCAGAUGCUAGAUUAGAAAAUGUUCAAUAUGAUUGUUUAUUACCGUAUCUUGGUACAGACAAGUUAAUUAAAGUUUUCUCAUCAUUAUUGUUAGAAAGAAGAAUUAUUCUCUGCUCAAAUAAUUUAAGUUGUUUAACUCAAGCUAUUCAUGCUAUUGUGGCCUUGUUAUAUCCUUUUCAUUGGCAACAUAUUUACAUACCUAUAUUACCGGCGGCCAUGUUAGAUGUGUGUUGUUCACCAACUCCAUAUCUUAUAGGAAUACUUACAUCACAUCUUAAUCAAGUUUUAGAUAUGCCUUUAGAUGAGGUGGUGAUAGUAGAUCUAGAUAAGAAGAAUAUUAUACAAACUGUUGGUGAUGAAUCUACUAUAUUACCUAAAAAGAUUAUUAAAGCCUUAAAGAUGGCUAUCAAUAUGUGUAAACUAGACAUAGAGGCAGAAAGAUCUCAGUCAUUGAUGAUAUCUGAAGCUUUUCUUCGUGUAUUUGUUGAAACUGUUGGUCAUUAUGGUGAAUUUAUUACAACACAACAGGAUAAUAAGAGAAUAUUCUUGAAGGAAAAUUUUAUUAGUAAAGUAGAAUCUCAUGGAUUACAACAGUUUUUGGAAUGGUUUACAGAAACCCAGAUGUUUGAGGUUUUUAUUACAAACCAUCUGGAGAAACGAGACUGGGGUACAGUUGAUAUAUUUAUGUCCAGAGUAAUGGAAUAUAGAGAUGGAAGUGGUCCAUCAACAGAAAGGCCAGGUAUUGGGACAAAAGUCAAAAAUUUUGGAAAAGCAAUCAAAUCAAAAUUGGCAUAGAAUUUGAUCAUAUUGCUGACAAAAAUUUUGCGUACUUAAAAUAUCAGUGCAUGUAUAAUUGUGAUUUUGGUGAAAUUAUUUAUAACUGACUUGUAUAAUGUACUAUAUUCCUUCCUCGCUUUAUGUAACUUAUUUUAUGUAAAACAACCCAAUGCAAGAACUGACAUAGUAGAAUUAGUGAAUC